AUGAUGAGGCCACGUAUAACAUCUCUACAUUUGAAAUCUGCAUCUUUGCCAUUGGUCCGGGGUCCCCUGCUAUCACCACGCGUAUUUUUCAGUCUUCUUCAAAACUCCAGAUCUGAAGUUGAUAGGACCACAAGGGCCCCAUCGCCUACAGCCAAGAUCCGGAAGAAUUCUCAAUAUGCCAGCAUUGCGAUAUCCAAACCUGACCCUCUUUUGUCCAUUAAUGACUCCGGUAUCGCCGAUAACUCCACUACUGAAACAGAUCAAGAAAAGAUAUGCCCGUCGUGGGAUCGAGGCGGCCAAACGAAACAAAACGCAUUGACGCCAUUGUACUCCUCCAUCCGGUCGCUCAUGAACGAGAACAAGGGCAAUGUGUGUCUCGUACAAGUCGGUAGUUUCUACGAAUUGUAUUUCGAACAAGCAACGUUAAUUGCGCCGAAGUUGGGCAUCAAGGUCGCCACGCGGCAGACCACGAACCAUGCGGUGCCCAUGGCGGGAUUCCCGCUCAGCCAGUUGCAGAAAAACGUAAAAACGAUCGUCCAAGAUCUCCAACUCAAUGUAGCUAUAAUUGACCAGUACAAUACUGUGCGCACCGAUACCGAUCUCAAACACAGAAAAGUGUCGAGAAUUGUGUCGCCCGGCACGCUUGUCGACGAGUCUUUCAUGAAUUUCACCAAGAACAACUACUUGGUAGCCAUCUCUAUCCCUCCCAACUCAAACAUCGCGCUAGAUCCUGAUCUUCCCAUAGGUCUCCUGUGGGCGGACGUGUCUGUGGGUGAGUUUUACAUCCAGCAGACGACGCUUUCAGAUCUAGCCAGUGAUCUCCGGAGAAUCAGCCCGAGCGAGAUCAUCCUCUCCAAAGACCUUCAAGGUCAACUCUCUGCCAUCGAGAAAACCGCCGAUUUGAAGAGAUACUUCGUGAGAUACCAUAAGGUGAGAUACAUGGAUCAAAAAUUGAAGCUUGCGCUGGACGCAGCUGUGGUUCGUAAAUUCGUAGAACUGAUUUCUGUGAGAGAAGAGGCUGCAAUGAACUUGAUACUUUCCUAUAUGACCUAUAACCUUCCGGACCGCCAACUAUCGCUUGAAAUCCCAACCCGCUUUGUCAACGAAAAAUAUUUAUCCAUGGAUCCCAGAACUAGAGAGGCUUUGGAACUCUCUGCAAGAUCGACGUUUGGCACUACUUCAGUCACCGGUACUUUGUGGCUGGUCAUUAAACACACCGUCACUCAGUCAGGUACAAGACUCUUGAAUCAGUGGAUCAAUCUGCCUUUGCUCGAUGUGCAAGAGUUGGUCAAACGUCAGGAGUAUGUGGCGCUUUUCAAAAAUAACCAAUUGCUUCGCCUACAAGUGACAAACGUUCUUAGAGACGUCAACGAUUUUGCCAGAGCUCUACAAAAGCUCGCUCUCAAAACCGGAUCCGCACCCAAUCAUUUACAGAGCAUCUCUGAUGGCCUUCACAAACUACAGCACCUCCACGAUAUUCUCGCCGAAGCUAGACAGUCUUUGACAGACCCCAAUGAUGUUCUUCUUGUUGAUGAAUUUCUUGCUAAUUUCAAGAUCCCUGCUGAUGUCACUAGGAAAAUUGCUUCGAUAAUUUCGAUCUCCGAACCUCCUAAAAGACCGAAAGUCUCGGUUGAGAAGGAACUGAGUUUGGAGGAACAGCUCAUUUCAGCUAUUGAGAACAAAGGAAGACUUGAGGACAUGUACCAGUCUGAUCUGUCGGACGAUUCAAAUACUGCUCAGUCCGUCACUUUUUUGGUUAGAAAGGAUUAUGACGAUGAGUUGGCUGCUUUGCACGAAGAGCUUGAAGAGGUUCAGAGCUGCGAAGCAGAAAUUUUCGAUACUCUUCAUCAGAUUGCUCGUUCCGCUGACGGAAAGGGCUUCGCUGCAAAGAAAGACAAGGUGGGCAAGCACUAUCAUGUCAUCACCGUCCAAUGUGGACUGAAGCAGUUGUCUACUGUUUGCAAAAACAUCCUCGAAACGAAGAAGUUUCAAAUUCUUGAGAAGAAAAAAACAAUGGCGAUUGUGAAGCCAAACCACUGGGCCGAACACAUGGAAAAGCGAGAAAUGCUCACGAACAGAAUUCUCAGUUAUGAGAGGAAAAUCAUCGAAGGUUUACGAGUCGAAGUGUUAGCACGAGUUGUCGAAAUUCGAAAUGCCAGUCGCUGCUCCGAUAUGUUGGAUAUAUUGUCAUCGUUUGCCAAAGCCGCCCAGGAGAAUAAUUGGGUGCGUCCCACGUUCAGCGAUCGCCCAGUCUUGGAAAUCACUAGCGGUCGACACCCAGUAGUUGAAGCCAAUUUGAAGGACAACUCGCUGAUGUUUGUCCCAAACGAAACCAACCUUGGCGCAGAUGGAAAUAUAUGGGUUAUCCUGGGUCCCAACAUGGGUGGUAAAAGCACGUUUCUCCGUCAGAAUGCGCUCAUCGUGAUUCUCGCCCAAAUGGGCUCAUUUGUACCUGCGGAGUCUGCGCACUUGGGUGUUGUUGAUCGCUUGUUUACCAGGAUAGGUGCUUCCGAUGAUCUCUUCAGUGACCUAAGCACCUUCAUGGUGGAAAUGAAGGAAACAAGCAAUAUCUUGAACAACGCAACUCCUCGCUCAUUGGCAAUUGUCGAUGAAAUUGGAAGAGGAACGAGUGGUAAGGAGGGAUUAGCGAUUGCAUAUGCUACACUCCUAUCGCUUGCAGAAGACAUCAAUUGUCGGACCUUGUUUGCGACCCAUUACGGUUCGGAAUUGACAAAAUUACUCAAAGAUGACAAUGUCGAUCGAACCCCCUUUCGUUUUUUCAAAAGUACUGUUGCAAACAAAAAUGGAGUCUUAACUUUCGACUUCCACUUGCAACCUGGAAUCAGUGAUAGAUCAUAUGCAAUUGAAAUCGCCCGUUUAGCUGGGUUCCCAAAUGCAUCUUUACAACAUGCUCAGCGAGCACAAAGCCUUCUCAAAUAG